UUUUUUAUCAAACUUAAUUUUUUCUUUCAAAUAUUAAAUAAAAUUUAUAUAUAAUAAAAAUAAUUAAUAAUCGAUUGAUAAAUAAUUGGAAAUUAAAAUAUUUGGAAAAAUUAAUAAAACAACUUUAAAUUUUUGCAUUUUAUCGACCUGCCUUCAUUUCAACCUGCAAAAAGUUCUUCUAAUUUUAAACAUUCCAUUAAUUCGAAAAAGAGAGAGAAAGCAUCAUUAAAACAACCAUCUUUGAACAUUUCAAAUCAUGAGUCCCGAAGAUGAGGGACAAGAGUAUAAGUCAAAGUCAACGUCUACCUCAGUUCCAGUCAUAUUAGAUUUAGCUAUGAAUAAUCAUAAUAAUCAUAAUAAUAUCUAUAAUAGUAAUAAUAGUUAUCCAUUAAAUAAGAUAACAUCAAAUAGUGCUGCAAAGGCAAAAUGGUUGAAUUCGUCGAAUGCACAUGAAACAAAUAAUAUAAAUAUUACGAAUGAUUUGGAUGAAAAUGAUCGAUACAAUAGUGAAACAGAUGAAAAUCGAAAUGCAACAAAACAAAAUGGUCAUCAUCAUCAUUUGACAAAUGGUUCAAUAAAAAUAUUACCAAAAACUCCGAACGGUAGUACAAAUAAUGGUAAAAUCUAUUAUAAUAACAAUAAUAAAGAUAUUGAAAAUAAUUUAAAUUCAACAGAUAAUUAUUUGCACCAACAGCAAAAUAAUCAUGGCCAAUUGGAGAGGCGUGAUUCAGCAACAAACGUUUUAUCACCUCUUUUGGGAAAAGAGAACCACACAACAAAUACAAAUCAUCAUAAUAAUGAUUAUAAUGAUGAUUUUGAUAGUGAUGAUAAUACAUUAAAAAAUAAUAUAACAACUAAUAAUAAAACAAAUACAUUACCAUUACAUGAUUCGUUGCCAAAUAUUAAUUCACCUGUCAUAUAUAACGAACAAAGAGAACAUCGAAAUAAUGGAAUGAAUGGAAGUGGAGGAGGAGGAGGAGGAGGCAAUUGCGGAGGUCGAGAUAAUGUUGAAUGGAUAAAUGACACAGUCGAAAAAAAUAAUUUAAAAAAUAAUCUCCAUAGGAAUAAUCAUCAUUAUCGUCAUAAAGAUAAUCUCCAUCAUCAUCACCAUAAUCAUCAUCAUCAACAUAAUAAUAAUGGAUCUUUAACUAAUGGAAAGAAUGCAUUAGGUGUAGAUAAAUUAUUAAAUGAAAAUGAUACUUUAACAGAUCCAAUAUUAUAUAAAACGAAAACAACAAAUUAUAAUGACGAUGAAGAUGUUGAUAUUCCCGAUACAUGUACAUGUAGUAAUAAUAAAUUUAACAAAAUAUCGAAUAUUUCCGAUUAUACCGAUAAUAAUUAUGAAGAUGAUAGUGAUAAUAAAAGUAAUUUAUCAUCAUCAUCAUGUGGUAUAUUUGGUUGUAAUCCAAAAUGGGCUAAAAAUCUGGCAUCAACACACAUGUUUAUGGUUGUAUUUUUAUUAGCAUGGGUAUGUAUUGGUAUGUUCUCAACAUAUUUUGUUAGCAUAAUAACAACAAUUGAAAAAUUAUUUCAAAUAAAAUCGAGAACAACUGGUAUGCUAUUAAGUGCUAGUGAAUUAGGCCAAAUAAGUACAGCUUUACUUUUAACAUAUUAUGCUGGUAGAGGUCAUCGGCCCAGAUGGAUUGCAUGUGGUAUGGUAUUGUUUGCAUUGGCGGCAUUCGCAUGUUCAUUACCACAUUUUAUAUUUGGUAGUCAAUUAAUGCAAUCAAAUAAUUUAUUUAAUGGUGAUAAAAAUAGUUUAAAUAAUAAGAAUAAUAUUGAUUUAAAUUUAUGUUUAAAUCCAACAUAUUCAACAAUUAUUGGUGAUAAUUUAACGAAUAGCAUAUUUUUCAAUUCAACUCAAAGAAAUAUUAAUGAAGAUGAAUGUAUGCAACAUUUAAAAGAAGAACAAGAUUCUCACUCAAAAAUAACAAUAAUUGUUAUGUGCAUAUUCUUUUUUAGUUUAUUAAGUGCUGGUAUUGGACAAACAGCUGUAUCAACAUUAGGGAUACCAUAUAUUGAUGAUAAUGUUGCUAGUAAAGAAUCACCAAUUUAUUUAGCAAUAACUAUUGGAGUACGAAUACUUGGACCAGCAACUGGUUUUAUUGUUGGAUCAUUUUGCACACGAAUUUACGUUGAUUUGUCAACACCUGAUUUUAGUACAAAUGAUCCAAGAUGGAUAAGUGCUUGGUGGUUGGGACCUGUUUUAAUAGGUACUAUAAUGAUAUUGGCUUCGAUUGCAAUGUUUAGUUUUCCAAAAGAAUUACAAGGUAAACGUUCAAAGACAAAUUCACCAGAAUCAAGUAAUGUUGAUAUCAAUAAAGUACAAGAGAUAAUAGUUGAAGAGAAACCUAAACUCAAAGAUUUUCCAAAAACUCUUAAAAGGCAACUGGGUAAUAGUAUACUAAUGUUUCGAACUGCCUCAUCUGUAUUUCAUAUACUGCCAAUAGCUGGUUUAUAUACAUUUUUGCCAAAAUAUUUAGAAACACAAUUUAGAUUGCCAGCAGCUGAUGCAAAUUUAAUAACUGCAUUUGGUGGAAUUUUAGUUAUGGGCUUUGGUAUUAUAAUUUCUGGUAUAUUAAUAUUAAAAAUUAAUCCAUCAGCAAAAUCAGUUGCUGCGUGGAUUGCAUUUACUGCGUUAAUGUAUUCGGCUGGUAUUGCAAUAUUAAUGUUUGUUGGGUGCAAUAUUGAUGACUUCGCUGGGUUAUCAAAAUAUACGAUUGAGCAUGAAACAUCAACACCAACAUUCUUACCAAGUUGUGAUGUUACGUGUGACUGUGAUUUUAAAAAAUUUUCACCAAUAUGUGGUGUUGAUGGUAAAACAUAUUUUUCUUCGUGCCAUGCUGGUUGUAGUGUAGCUAAUUCGAAUAGUAAUAAAACAUAUUAUACAGAUUGCAAAUGUAUUCCAAAUGGUUUCGAAAAAUAUAAUAUCAAUGGUACAGAUUUCGAAGCUGUUGGAGGAUACUGUGAUACUAACUGCAAAAAUUUUAUUAUAUUUAUUUGUAUAUUUGCAUUUUGUGUAUUUAUACAUUCGACAUCUGAAGUUGGUGGUAUGCUUGUUAUAAUGAGAUGUACAGAUCCGAAAGAUAAAGCUAUGGCAAUGGGAGUAAUACAAUCUGCGAUUGGCUUAUUUGGUACUGUUCCUUGUCCAAUAAUAUAUGGAGCCGUUGUAGAUUCAGCAUGUCUUGUAUGGACAACAGUUUGUGGUAAACAUGGUGCUUGUUCAUUAUAUGAUGUUGAUAACUUUCGCCAUUACUUUUUGGGUAUUACAUCUGGUAUAAUGUUUAUUGCAUUUAUUAUGGAUGUUGUUGUAUGGAGUAAAGCUCAUCGAAUCCAUAUUGCACCAUCAGAUGCAACAGAUGCAUCAUCAAUAGAGACUGAAUUUGAAAAACCAAUCAAUAAACCUGAUUCUUCCGUUUAACACAAACAUGCAUACAAACAGGAAAAAAAUAGAAAUCCGGACUAAUCAAAAUUUUAACAAAAUCUUAUGCUAAAAUGUGUACAUUCACAUAUACACAAUAUUAAUCUCAUAUAAAAUUUCAAAACAAAAUUAAUAUUAUAAAGAAAAAAUUAUGUAGAAUUAAUAGAAAGAAUAUUUGUAAGAUGACCAAAAAAAAAGAAAAAAUAAAAAAUAAAAAUACCAGUUAAAUACCAAAAUACACACAUUAUUAAAAUUUAAAUCAGAUUAAGUUUAAAAAAAUAGUAAAAAAUAAUUAAAAUUUUUGGAAAAAUUUUUUAAUACUUUUAAUUGAUUUUUCUAUUUAUAUCAAA